GAGAGUUUACCCAGGAUCGGAUCCACUCUUUGCGUCCCUGGACUACACCUCUCCGUUCUUCGUGGCCUUUCUCCGCUGGAGAUCUAUUGGCGGAUUGGAUUGUCUGACUGACCGACUGACUACCACCUUUUUGUAUACGAAUGGCCUAAUGAACUGGAACAGAUUUUUCCCAUCGCUGAGACACAGAGGACAGAACCUUCCCCCAGAGCCACAACCACACCCCUCUCCACCACUGCAGCCACACCCCUCUCCACAGCAGCCACACCCCUCUCUACAGCAGCUCCACCCCUCUAUACAGCAGCUCCACCCCUCUCUACAGCAGCUCCACCCCUCUCCACCGCUGCAGCUCCACCCCACAGCUCCACCACUGCUGGAGCCCACAGCUCCUCCCUUGGUCAACACUCCUGUAGCUGAAGAACAGGUGAGCACUGUUGCCAGAUUGAUGGAGAUGGGCUUCUCCAGAAUAGAUGCUCAGGAUGCCCUCAGAGCGUCCAACAACGACAUCAACGUGGCAACCAACUUUCUACUGCAGCAUUUAGGGUAGGGAGGAGUUUGAAAGAUGUAGAACCUGAGAGAGAAAAACAACAGAGGGAACAGAAUGAAGUGUGUGUCUGGUCCAGUGAGCAGGGUCCUGGGGGUUUGAGGCUGAAGAGUGGGUCUGAUCCAGUGAGCAGGGUCCUGGGGGUUUGAGGCCAGGGGGACCGGCCUGCUCUGGAGCUCCAGAGGACUACACAGAGAAUAACUCAACACAGACUACACAAUUACUAGGAGGAAAGGAGAGAGGAGGACAGUAAUGCUGCUGCUGUCCACCGUGCUUCCUGAAGGGUGAAGAGGGCUGUCCACAGUGCUUCCUGGUAGUGGGUGCUCAGCCCUGUUCCAGAUAGUUUGGAUACUCUGUCCUGUCACCUUGCUGCUGAAGGACAGAAGAUGGAGGAUCAGAAGGCUGCUAUUCUCAGGGCUUGUUGCAUCUAGUGUCUUCUCUAUACUCUAUAUAUAGCAUUACCAUGGUUCAUUUCGGCUUCCUCCACCUCACACACACCUUCGCCCAGAAAACAUACACACACAUUCGCCAGUCCCUAAAGGUUUUAUUUUGUGUCAUUUGUCCAUGGACAGUGAUUACAGGAGUUUGUUUGCUUGACUUCUGCAGAAUUAAUCUAAAAUCUUAAAGUGGUUUGAAAUGAGGAGAAUAUACUAAAUUAUGGAAACUGUCAAUCUUGUAUACUCAAUGAAAAACGUCUGCACAUGUAAUACUUAGUGGAUGGCUUGUAUGUUUAGCUGCUCAGUGGCUACAUUCUGGUUAACGACACUAUGGAAUAAAAUCAUGGUGACAAGAUAUUAAUUAUUUAAACUGUUUCACUAGUUUUUCACAAAAUCAUUGAGGAUUUAACACUUAUUUAUAUAAUUUGUAUUUACUUUUUGUUUUAUGUGACUGACUGUAUAAACGGAGGUGUGCUUGUUGUUUGGUUAAACCUAUGCCUGUGUGGUGUUAUUAUGCUACAGAUUACAAAUGAUUAACAAUUUAACAAACUGCUUCCAACCACUGAAAUAUAUGCAAUGUGCUCUGCUGUGGUAACCGUGCUGCCCAUACAGCGUUACAACAGUAUAAUGGCCUAAUGAAUAAACCUACCUCUCACCUUAA